UGCCUAACAGAACCAGUGGCAAUUCCAAGAAACCUGUGGAGUACUCUUUUACAGCUGACAAUACAAGAAGAGCUUUUUCAUACAACUGAAUAACCAGAGAAUUACAGGAGUCAAAAUGCAGUUGAUCUUCCAGUCCUUCCUCUCCUGCUGUCUGCUGGCGACAGUAGCACACUGUGUGGAACUUGAAGUAAAUCCGGAGCUGAGGAAAAGGCUAAGCAUAUGGCUCGGGAGCAGACUGAGACGGGAUCUUGACAGUGUAUCAGUAGAGAAGACAGCAGAGUCUGGGAACUUUGUCAGACCAGAAGAUAUCAGGGAUACUUUGCUGCCACAUUCCAGCACCAACUCCAAUGUCCGAACCAAGAGGUCUAAAAGCUCAACCAACCAGUCAAGAAGACAAGGUUGUUCUCUGGGCACCUGCACAGUGCACGACCUUGCUCACCGCCUGCACCAGCUCAACAACAAGUUUAAGAUCGGGAGCGCCCCUGUUGACAAGAUCAGCCCACAGGGAUACGGCCGGAGGCGUCGAUCUCUCCCAGCACACAGAGUCACACUGAAGCUAGAGCAGGGCAAGCUGAGGCCCGUGUGGAGCACAAAUGACUCACAAGUUCACAAGCUCGAGGCUCUCCUCAGACGGACAUGAGCGGGACUUCGCCAGAGAAGUUGGAAACAAAAGCAAGGGAGUUAAUGUCCUCUCUCUGUUCUAAAAUUCUCGAAAUGCCUCAGACUUCUGCCAAGUUUUUCCCGGCACAUUUAUUCAAGGCAUGAGAACAGAGUCAGAGUAAGACUGGCUGCACUGGGUUUCUCUAGAGGCUGAGCCUCGCAGCUCAGCAAUGCAGAGCAACUGCAGCUGGCGUACAGACACUGGAUGGCACAGCGUGAAGCGAGCUACAGGUGCUGCUCUCUGCUUGGCAGGGGGAAAGGAAGAGUGCUAAUACCUGGCAAAGUGGACACAUCCUCUGGCUUAAAGAGGGAACUCUCUUUUAACAUUCUGGGACUUUACACAUUUCUUCCUCAAGGCCAGGACUUUGAUAAGUGCUAUCCUCUAAGGAUUACACCACAAUGUUCCAGACUGUCAGUACUUGUCUGCACUUUUCCAUUUGGACUUAAAGUCGAAUGAAUCAUCAGGAAAAGACAUCUUCAUCACAAUGCCAAACAAGAAGAUAGGCUACGGAGCUCUGAAGCUCUCAGUUUAUAUCAAGUUUUGGACACUGUAUAAGGGAAAAUGCCUUAGAUUCUGUGAGAUAUGUGCCAGUCCACAAUGGAUUGAAAUAUACUUGAAAUUGUUAUUGUUUGUACAAAAACAUGUGCAAUCUAUAUUUGUUUUUAUUGCAGGUAUAUGUAUAUAUGAAUUCCUUUAUUUAAAUAUGAUAUAGAGGUUACAUUAAAGUACUUAUGCAGAUAGAACUAUUUUUGUACAGGAAGAAAUAUAUAUAUGGGCAUUGUAGCUAUUUGUCAUUAUUCUUUUGCAAACUGUGGUAAUAGGAUAUGUGUUUUAUAUGUCUAUUAUAUAUUUGUAAAUGUGUUCUAUUUUAUUUGUGUCAAAGCAAUAACGUUAUUCAAUAAACAUUUUGCAUACAAAAUCUA